AUGAGCGUCCCUGGAAUCACGAGCACAACGGCGGCGAAUGGUGAUCACACACCGGCCGACACUCGCCUCCAUAGAUUUGGGACGCUGGCUGUGCAUGCGGGCAGUCCACACGAUCCCAGUACCGGAGCAGUCAUAGAGGCCAUCUCUCUCAGCACCACAUUCGCCCAGACUUCUGUCGGCAAACCCGUUGGUGCCCAUGAGUACACACGUUCAUCCAACCCCAAUCGCGAGAAUUUCGAGACUUCGAUUGCGGCGUUAGAAAAGGCCAAGUACGCGUUGGCCUUUUCGUCUGGCUCGGCUACCACAGCCACGAUCCUGCUGAGCUUGGCCGCGGGAAGCCACGUUGUUUCGGUAUCCGACGUCUACGGCGGCACCCAUCGCUACUUUACCAAAGUCGCCUCAGCGCAUGGCGUUCGCGUCACUUUCACCCCGAGCAUUGAGCUCGACAUCAAGGAUUUGAUCACCGCGGAGACGAAACUGAUCUGGAUCGAAACCCCCUCCAACCCGACUCUGUCUCUGGUCGACAUCCGCGCAAUUGCUGAUGUGGCACACCAGAGCGGCAUCAAGGUGGUUGUCGAUAACACCUUCAUGUCGCCCUACGUUCAAAACCCACUCGAGCAUGGCGCGGACAUCGUCGUGCACAGCGUGACCAAGUAUAUCAAUGGUCACUCCGACGUACUCAUGGGUGUCGCUGMGCUCAACUCGGACGAGAUCCACGAGCGGCUGAGGUUCUUGCAGAAUGCCAUUGGUGCCGUGCCAAGCCCAUUCGAUUGCUGGCUCGCUCACAGAGGUGCAAAGACGCUGCAUCUUCGUGCGAGGGAGGCGAGCAAGAACGCGCUAGCAGUUGCAACGGCCCUCGAGGCGAGCCCCCACGUAGAGGCUGUCAACUACCCGGGUUUGAAUUCCCACAAGCAGCGCAAAAUCGCAAUCAAGCAGCACCGUGACGGACUUGGUGGUGGCAUGCUAUCUUUCCGCAUCAAGGGCGGUCAGCCAGCUGCCAACCUAUUUUGCGAGGCAACCAACAUCUUCACUCUUGCCGAAUCGCUGGGUGGCGUUGAGUCUUUGGUAGAGGUGCCUGCUUCCAUGACCCACAUGGGCAUCCCCAAAGAACAGCGAGAGGCCGCCGGUGUAUUCGACAACCUUGUCCGAAUCUCUUGCGGUGUGGAGGACGCCGAAGAUUUGGUGGCUGAUGUCAUGCAAGCAUUGCAGAUGGUGGUCGCCGGUGGCAAGGCUACGAAUGGCACGACUAAUGGACACGCAUGA